AUGAAUUAAACAGCUCUCAUAGUUUGUCUUUGCGUAUUUAUUCCUUUACUUAUACUUGUGCUUUUUUGCUUGAAAAAAAGCAAGAAUAACAAGCAUAGAAAUCUUCAAGGGUAAGUUAUAAUUAUAACAGGAUCUAACUAGGGAAUAGGAUUUGAGGUGGCUAAAGAUUGCUCUAGAAGUGGUGCAAGAGUAAUUCUUGCUUGCAGAAAUAGAGAAAAGUCAUAGAGUGCUAUUGAUGAAAUAAACCAAAUUAAUCCAGGGUCAGUGGACUUUAUAAAGCUAGAUCUAAGUGAUCUUUCUUCUGUCAGACAAUUCGUGAAAGAAUUUUAAUCUAAAUAUAAUAAACUUGAUAUACUGAUAAACAAUGCUGGUAUAAUCAUGCAAUAAAGAGUCAUGACUAAAGAUGGAUUAGAAACCUAAAUUGCUACUAACCACUUUGGUCCAUUUCUUCUAACAAACCUUCUGCUAGAUAGCUUAAAGGCUUCUAAUCAGUUUAGAGUAAUAACUGUUACAUCAUGGGCGUUCUAAUUUACAAACAUUGAUUUUGAUGAUAUUAAUUUCGAAAAGAGAAAAUAUAAAAAUAUGGAUGUUUAUGGUUAAUCAAAAGUAGCCAAUACUCUUUUUACAAUAGGACUUUAGUAAAAAAUUGACUAAUUGAAUUUAAAUGGAAUUUCAGUAUGCUUGCAUCCUGGAUCUGUAAGAACUAACAUGUUUUAAAAUUUUAGUCCAAUUUUUAAAUGCAUUUACUUUUGUUUGUACCCAAUUAUUUUUCUCACUACAAAAUCUACUUCAUAAGGUGCUUAAACAGCAUUUUAUUGCAUCCAUGAAGACUAUGAUAAGUUAAAUAAAGCAGCCUACUAUGAAGACUGCAAAUAAAAAUUGUAUAAAGCUAAAUCAAUCACAGAAGAAAAUGUUUAAAAAUUAUGGGCUAUGUCAACUAAAAUUGUAAAUCUAUGA